AAUGACGGUUGGUCGGCCGACGAGGGUGUGGUGUCGGCGCUUGCGGGUCGCACGCUGAUGACGUGAUUGGAAGAUGGCCGCAGUGGUGCUGAGCGAGGCGGAGAAGGUCUAUUUGAUGCACGGAGUGCAGGAUGAUCUACGGAUUGACGGUCGUGGAUGUGAAGAUUAUAGACACACUGAGGUAGAAACAGAUGUUGUGUCGAACACAAGUGGAUCUGCUAGAGUGAAAAUUGGUCACACAGAUAUUCUCGUAGGUGUUAAAGCUGAAAUGGGCACACCUAAACUGGAGCGACCAAACGAAGGUUUUUUGGAAUUCUUUGUGGACUGUUCUGCCAAUGCAACCCCUGAGUUUGAAGGGCGAGGAGGAGAAGAUCUGGGCACAGAAAUCGCCAACACCCUGUACAGAGUGUUUGAUAACAGCAGUACCUUGGGGUUGAAGACACUGUGUAUUACUCCCAGAGAACACUGCUGGAUCCUCUAUGUAGAUGUACUGUUGUUGGAGUGCGGUGGAAACCUUUUUGAUGCGAUCUCUAUUGCAGUUAAAGCAGCACUUCAUAAUACUAGAAUUCCGAAAGUCCGUGUGCUCGAAGAUGAUGAGGGUGCCAAGGAAAUUGAGCUCUCUGAUGAUCCAUAUGACUGCAUUCGACUCAAUGUGGAAAAUGUACCUUGCAUCAUCACUUUAAGCAAAAUUGGUCACAGGCAUGUAGUCGAUGCCACUUCGCAGGAGGAAGCGUGCCGCAUGGCCAGCCUGCUGGUUUCCGUCACCAGCAAAGGGACCAUCACUUGCUUCAGGAAAGUUGGAGGAGGCAGUUUGGAUCCAGAGAGUAUCUUUGAAAUGUUAGAGACAGGAAACAGAGUUGGAAAAGCUUUGCAUAUAUCUUUACAAACCGCUUUGGAGAAAGAAGAAAGUUUAGGAAGGAAACGUCAAAAAGUUGGAUUUCUUGGUUGACUUCUGCACUGUACUUAUUUUCUAAUAAAGAUUUAUUUAAAAUGUUC